GAUUCUCACCUUGCUUCCUCAACCUGGAGCUGGGCCGGGCUUGGGUGGGUCUAGGCAGUAGCGGCCACACGGCGGUGAUAGUGACAGUGGCUGCGUGAGACCCGGACGGAAAUGGCGGUGGCGAUGUCGGACAGUGGGGCUAGCCGCCUGCGGCGGCAGCUGGAGUCAGGAGGCUUUGAGGCGCGGCUAUACGUAAAGCAGCUCUCGCAGCAGUCAGACGGGGACCGGGACCUGCAGGAGCACCGGCAGCGCAUCCAGGCGCUGGCGGAGGAGACGGCGCAGAACCUGAAACGCAAUGUCUACAAGAACUACCGGCAGUUCAUAGAGACGGCCCGCGAGAUCUCCUACUUGGAGAGCGAGAUGUACCAGCUCAGCCAUCUGCUGACCGAGCAGAAAAGCAGCCUGGAGAGCAUCCCGCCUACUCUGUUGCCGGCCGCCGCCGUCGGAGCUGCCGCGGCCUCCGGGGGCGAGGACGGGGGAGGCGGCGCGGGCGGCCGAGACCACCUCCGGAGCCAGGCUGGCAUCUUUCCCACCCCCGGGGGCACCUCCCGCGACAGCUCUGGUCCCAGCGAGGAGGGAAAGCAGCGCACACUCACCACCCUGCUUGAGAAGGUGGAAGGCUGUAGGCACCUGUUGGAGACGCCGGGGCAGUACCUGGUGUACAACGGGGACCUGGUGGAAUACGAGGCAGACCACAUGGCCCAGCUGCAGCGCGUGCACGGCUUUCUCAUGAACGACUGUUUGCUGGUGGCCACCUGGCUGCCGCAGCGGCGGGGUAUGUAUCGCUACAACGCCCUCUAUCCCUUGGAUGGUUUGGCCGUUGUCAACGUCAAGGACAACCCUCCCAUGAAGGACAUGUUCAAGCUGCUAAUGUUUCCCGAGAGCCGUAUUUUUCAGGCAGAAAAUGCUAAAAUCAAACGAGAAUGGCUGGAAGUGCUGGAGGAAACCAAGAGGGCCCUCAGUGAAAAAAGACGAAGGGAGCAGGAGGAGGCAGCAGCCCCUCGUGGGCCUCCCCAAGUGACUUCCAAGGCCAGUAACCCAUUUGAGGAUGAAGAUGACGACGAUCCAGCUAUUCCUGAGAUAGAAGAAGAGAAGGUGGACCUCUCAGUGGAAUGGAUCCAGGAGUUGCCUGAAGACCUGGACGUCUGUAUUGCCCAGAGGGACUUUGAAGGGGCUGUUGACUUGCUGGAUAAAUUGAACCAUUACCUGGAAGAUAAGCCCAGUCCACCUCCUGUGAAAGAACUAAGGGCCAGAGUGGAUGAGCGUGUCCGACAGCUCACCGAGGUGCUAGUGUUUGAACUUUCCCCAGAUCGUUCCCUGAGAGGUGGUCCCAAGGCUACUCGCAGGGCAGUUUCUCAACUAAUCCGGCUUGGCCAGUGCACCAAGGCUUGUGAGCUGUUUUUGAGAAACAGGGCAGCAGCCGUGCACACUGCAAUACGGCAGCUUCGCAUUGAAGGUGCCACUUUACUGUACAUUCAUAAGCUGUGUCAUGUCUUCUUUACCAGCCUCCUGGAGACUGCGAGGGAAUUUGAGACAGACUUUGCAGGCACUGACAGUGGCUGCUACUCUGCUUUUGUGGUCUGGGCAAGAUCGGCCAUGGGCAUGUUUGUGGAUGCAUUUAGCAAGCAGGUGUUUGAUAGUAAGGAGAGCCUCUCUACUGCUGCAGAGUGUGUAAAAGUGGCCAAGGAACACUGUCAGCAGCUGGGUGACAUCGGACUAGAUCUCACCUUCAUCAUCCAUGCCCUUCUGGUGAAAGACAUACAGGGGGCCUUGCACAGUUACAAAGAGAUCAUCAUUGAAGCCACUAAACAUCGCAACUCUGAGGAAAUGUGGAGAAGGAUGAACUUGAUGACUCCAGAGGCCCUGGGCAAGCUCAAAGAGGAAAUGAAGAGUUGCGGAGUAAGUAACUUUGAACAGUACACAGGUGAUGACUGCUGGGUGAACCUAAGUUAUACAGUGGUUGCUUUUACCAAACAGACUAUGGGCUUCCUGGAAGAGGCCCUGAAGCUGUAUUUCCCAGAGCUGCACAUGGUACUCUUGGAGAGCUUGGUGGAAGUCAUUCUGGUUGCUGUUCAGCACGUGGAUUACAGCCUUCGGUGUGAGCAGGAUCCAGAGAAGAAGGCUUUUAUCAGACAGAAUGCAUCCUUUCUAUAUGAAACAGUCCUCCCUGUGGUUGAGAAAAGAUUUGAAGAAGGUGUGGGAAAACCUGCCAAGCAACUCCAGGACCUGAGGAAUGCAUCUAGACUUCUGCGUGUGAAUCCUGAAAGUACCACCUCAGUGGUCUGAUGUUUGGAGCCAUUUAUAUGUAUACAUAUGAACUGUUUAUGUAUUAUUUAUAUGUAUAUUAAGUUGCAUUAGCCUAUCUGUUGUAGUCUCAAACACAGCUUAAGAAUAAAAGAUGCCCUCUCAGAAAUGGAAAAUCAAAAGCAGAAAGAAAAGAUGUUAAAUUAAUCCCAAAUAACAAAAACAUUGGAAUUAUUAAAAUAUGUAAUAUGCUUUCCUUUUAAAUUAUGCUUUCUAAUGAAUAUAUUGUCACACUGUGGCAUUUCAGGUUAUCCUUUGAGUCGAAACACACUUUCUGACGUUAUAUAUUAUGCAGCACAGAGAAAUAACAUCUGUAAAUUCUUUGAGUAUCUUGUGAAAAGUUUUACCAGCUCCCUAAAAUGUUAGGUUUCUUAACAAGUACAGUUACAUAGUUCUUCACCUGUGUUACAUAGUUCUUCACCUUAAAACGUGAUUUGAGCAACUUGGGGGAAAGAAAGGAAGAAUUGAGAAAAUAGGCUUUAACGUAAAUUUUGGUCAAAAGAAUUCCUUCUUGAAAGUAGCUAGUUUGUGGACUCAAAUACUCUAGUCCCUGUAGAGGGAGCUUUCAUAAAAACAGCAAACAUUUCCAGCAGAAUUUGGCUAAUUAGCAGCUUUAUAAUAGUUUAUUUGGGAGCAUUUACUUGAAAAUCUUAAGGACUGAUUUUUUUCAAUCUAUUCCUGAACUGUGUGAAUUUCCAGCUCUAGUCUUUGUCUUUGUCAGAUUUUAAAAAAUAAAAAUAAUUUUUAAAAAACAGGACACAUUGAGGCACCUGGCAGCAGCCACUGCUGUCCUCCCCAUUUUCCGUGUGAGUUGCAUAGUAGCUCAGACUUCAUGCCAGUGGGAGAGAAAAGUGUUCAGAUUUCAGGGUCUGAGUGGAUGGGAAAUUAGAAAAAAAACAUGCAAACCCCAGAGUGUUCACAGGGUGACUGCUUUGAGCAGAGAUUUGCUUUUGUUUUUUCUCUUGAAAUGGAGAGGAGAAAGUUGAGACGGUGUGCCCAAAACAAAGAGAGGAAAAGACACUUUGGGGAUUCCUACUAAGAUGCUGUCACAUUUUCCUGUUUUAUUUUUAUUUCCCUUGCUUUGUUUUUGAAUGUGAAUAGACUGCUUACUUCAGAGGGUUUAGUAAAACAAAAAUAACUAAAAAGAUUUGAGCUUCCCACUGUUUCUAAACUAUUGCUUCUAUUGUAUAUGGAUUCUAUAACAUAACUCAUACUUUGAGAUAAUGCUAAGAUCCAUUUCCCCCAGCUUCUAGUUGUGAUUCUUGUCCAUAAGUGCCAUUUCCCAUGCCUAUGACCUUGCAAAGGUCAUUUCUUUUUUUUAAACAUUUUUAUUGAAGAAUAGUUCAGAUAGUUGAUCAUAGAAUAUCAUAUUGGUUUCAGGUAUACAACACAGUGAUUCAUUACAUGAUUAAAUCCUCACCCCAACUAGCGCAGCCACUAUCUGUCAACACAGAAAGAUGUUACAGAAACAUUGACUAUAUUCUUGCUGCACUUCAUCCUCGUGACCAACUUACAUUAUCAUUGAUAUUUUCUGCCUCUUUAUCCCCCUUACUCACUCCACCCAUCCAUCUCAACCCCUUUCCCCUGGUAACCAUCAGUCACUUCUCACUGUGUUCAUUUUGCUUUGUUUUUAAGAUUCCACAUACAAGUGAAAUCAUACAGUAUUUUGUCUUUUUCCACCUUCACUUCUUUCAUGAGUGAAAAUAGUCUUAUUAAGACUGGAAAUUAUGUAAAACUUAAGAUAGCUCCAUUAGUGGCUUAGGCUUGUGAAGCUUCUUGAUCUAAUUGCUCAUAGGCCAGAGGAGCCCUUUUGUUUUUAGCUAUGCAUAUUUUCAAAGGUUGAAAAUUAUCAAACUCAAAGAUUUUCUUUGACUAAUUUUUUCACAUAACUUCAGGAUUUUCUAGAUAAUAACCAUAAGUGGGUAUCUCAGCUUAACAAAAACCAUUAUAAUUGUCUUUUUAAGAUCACUGGAAACUUGAAUUUCAUAAAAAUGUGAUUAUUUUGUGCCACUUGCAGUUUCUAAAAUUAUACUGUAUGAAACCUGUAUUGUGUAAAUGUUUGAUGUGGGGUCCAUGAAAUGAUACUUCUGAAAUCAAAACUUUGUUUAAAGUUGUAAACAUUUGAAUGUGUAUACUCAGAUAUUUAAAAGGUUGUUUCUUCAUAGAACUGUCUGCUUUUUAAAACUCGAAGUACAGAAUUUUCUUCUGUUAAAAUUUGUAUUCCUCAGUCAAAGUUGUAGCUAAAGGACGUGUGCUUGUGGUGAAUCCUGUAGCUUGGGAAGUUGAUUAAGGGCUGCCAGUGUAACAGUGUACCUUAGUGCCAAGACAGAGCAGUUAUGGUACAUUCCUCCAAAUGGAGUGAGAGCUCAUCUCUCUAGUUCUUGUUACUUUAGACUCCAAAACAAGUGCUAAAGCUUGAAUUCAGUUAGAGUGUCCAAAAACAGUACAUGCUGUAAUAUACUCCUUAAGAGUUGAUUGCCUUUUCUUGUUUGCUUCAGUAUAACACUGUCACUUAAGCUUGGAAUCACAGACUUGAAUUAAUUACUGUUGAAAAUAAGACACUCUGUGGAAUUAAGUCUCUUUGAUUAUAGCCUUGUUUCACAUGAGUGCUGAAAAUUCACUUAUUUUUGUUAAAAAUACUACCUAUGUUUAUCAGCACUUGUGUUUUGCAACUUGCUUACCCGGGAUUCAGAACUGGGACUUGACAUGUAGUAUAAAAAUCAGUAUAUGUGCAUUUUGCUUAUUGAUAUGCUGUGAUGUGAGGGAAUAUGAAAUGUUUUAUCAAAAUAAAGCCUAGUUUUUUCUUACA